UACUGUACAUAACUUAACUAUCCAACCCUUGAUUAAUCUGAUUAAUCACCACCACAGUUCAACCGGAGGAAAAGAAACCCAAGGGAGCCGAUAUGCCGGGACCCAGCCAAAAGCCGAAAAAACUAAAGGACUACCAUUGAUAUGGACCUCUAACCGCUCUCAGUCCUUCACCUCCACUGCCUACUAAGCAACCAUUAACUAUGGCCUCCACCGUCUACCGCCGGCAAUGAGGCCUAAACUCCGCCUCGGCCUUUCUUUGAUAACAACCUCCCACUCUUCUCUCUCCACUUCUCUCUCAUCUCUCUCUCCCCCUUUCCUCACUUCCCCUCGCUUGGGGCUUCAUCUGCUGUUUCAUUUUCACUCGGAUGCCCAUCAUGAGUGACGAUUCAGGUGUUCAAUUUGUGACUUCUAGGCCAAGGAAGCGACCGCAUCAUGAAAUAGCAAGAGCUACACCCCCACAAUUUUCCGGCGGCGAGUCAUCAUCGUCCAGGACGCUUCCUCCGCCCUCGCCACCACGACGGCGGUAUCCCGGAGAUGGCUUUGACUUUCGUCGGCCCAUCGCAUCGGCGACCCCCAACGCAGAAGAAGUCAUCGACUUGACCCUGGACUCAGAUCCUCCUCAGCCCAACGCAACUCACGAUGUUCGGAAUAACCACCAAGAUCACUCCACACAAAUCUCACAAUCGAGGGUCCCGGUAGUGGUGGAUCUGGAAGAAGAAUAUGAAGACUUGACGCAAGAUGAACCUCCCAGCAGCCCGGAGGUACAGUUUAUUGGUGCUACCGCUCGGCCUUCACGACCUCCUCCAUCCUCGACGAUUCCAGAAUGGGCACCACAGUUAUUAAGGAUCUUCAACAUGUCACAGGGCAGGUUCCCCGCACGACAUCGAGUCUUGCGGCCACCAGAUGUGGACGUAUCAUAUAUUGGAGAGCAUCCAGCGGGCGCUAUUGACCUGACGUUUAAUUUCGACAUGCGAAGACCUGACGUGAGAAGACCUGAAAGACCCCCGGCGAGCGCCUACAAGCCGCCGAGCCCUCCACCGGAUGGAUUCACAAGGACUCUUGAAGAGGAUGACGUUGUGGUAUGCCCUAACUGCGACGGGGAGCUGGGCGUUGGCGAUGAGAUUAGGCAGCAAACAUGGGUAGCAAAGCAAUGUGGACAUGUAUACUGUGGCCGUUGUGCCCACCACCGCUCCAAGGCCAAAUCAAAAAAGUCGUCCUCCACAAAACCAUUCUCUGUAUGUCAGGUGCCAGACUGUGGCAAACCAGUCAGCUCACACAAAGCCAUGCUUCAAAUCUAUCUCUGACCCAUGGUCCAUCUUGCUGCAUUUUUGAGGAUUUGGGAGUCAUGAGAACAGGUUUGCAUUUGGUUGCAUGUUGCUGGCGUUUAACUGCGGGG